CCCGGUGUAGACAAUGAGGUAAAUUAUGGAGAGCAAGCCACCACUGCCAAAGUAUAUUCUCCGUGGCCAUACGUCGACCAUCCACGCAUUGGAAUUCUUUGCCUCAAAUGAACUCCUCGUUUCUGGAGACGGUGAUGGGUGGGUUAUAGUGUGGAAUGUAUCUUCGAAACGCCCUGUGGCUGUAUGGCACGCUCACAAGGGAGGAGUGAUGCAGAUCAAGCCCUGGGCGGAUGACAGACUUGUAACGCACGGUAGAGAUCAUGCACUUCGAGUAUGGCAGGUUCGACCUGACGAUUACGCCCGGCUCAGUACAAAGCUUCCCUCGGAGGGUACAGACCAGGACAAGCAUCUUCAACCUUGGCUUUUGCAUUCUCUUGCAGUCAACGCCUUGAACUUCUGUCCUUUUGCCAUCUGUGAGCAGCGUCAAGAUGGUUUAGAUUCUACAGCGUUAGAAGCUCAUGCACCUCAACUCAUUGCUUCACCAAAUGGCUUGGAUCAGGGUGGAGUUGACCUGUUCCAACUACCCUCUGAGCAUCGCAUCUCUCAGUUGAAGUCAGAUCCAAAGGUUAACACAGGCAUGGUCAUGGCAGUGCAAAUAUUCUAUGACGACGCCUUAAGCGGGCUGAUGUUGAUUUCCGGGUACGAAGACGGCCAAGUCAUGGCUCACGUCUACCAAGGCGAGAUGGACAGCCAGACACCCCGACAAGAAACAGGAAAAUGGGUUCGUGUCAUGCAACACAAGCCUCACUCGCAGCCGGUCCUUUCGCUCAGUGUUAUGCCCUCAAAGAAUUACUUGAUCACAUCAAGUGCAGAUGCUACCAUCGCCAGGUUCGCACUCGAGAUUUUACAAGGGCACGGCAACCUUGUAAGCAGGCAGAAUGCAGAUAAAGUCAUCAACACAAAACAUGCAGGCCAGCAAGGCCUUUCGGUUCGAUCGGAUGGCAAGAUAUUUGCAACAGCAGGCUGGGAUUCACGUGUGAGGGUCUAUUCGUCAAAGACGAUGCAAGAGCUGGCAGUGCUGAAGUGGCACAAAGACGGAUGUUACGCGACCGCAUUCGCCGAUGUUGGCGAGAGCGAGAGGACAAGUCCAUCAUGGCCAGGUAUGACAGAGUCUACAUCAAGAGAUGCUGCCAGGAUACCGUCCGCGUUGGAGACUAUCAAGCAUGACAGGGAAGAGAAAGCAAGACGGACGCACUGGUUGGCAGCUGGAGGAAAAGAUGGCAAGAUUUCUCUAUGGGAUGUCUUUUGAUUGACGUUGCGAGUCGUGGCCCACCAUCCCGAGAGACUCCGCAGGCUCGAUUGUUUACUGACAAGGCCCGCACGAUCUGUGGCAGGUAGAAAUGCGUGUUAUCACGUCUGGCAUCACCGUUCUCUCAGCUAGACUCCUCCC